UAUUUGAAGAUCAUCAAGAGGGUAGAUAUGUCUGAUUUUACCAGUGGACUUCUCUUGUGCAAGAGGUUUUACCUUUUUCCCCAAAUUACGAUUGAAACUGACAUAUUUGCUGAGGGAAAUAAAUUGAUGGAAAAGUUGUAGGCCUACCUUACCGUAUUAGCUCCCCCAAGUGGUGCUGAAGAGAAACGUGGUGACGUCAGUGAGCUCUACUGUGCGUCGACAUGUAGUUCCAAACUUGCCAUAUGUGUUAUAAUAGACCAAAGCAAUGUUGGCCAUCGGUAAGCACGGUGAAGCAAAGGGAGGAUAUCUCUAUUUACAUACCCGAUAAAGCGAUUGGGGAAUACUGCAGGAGAGGAAGUGAUCCGACUCUGUGACUGCUUCUUCCAACUUCCUGCUCAAAAAGAAAGAAAAAAUCAGGAUCUCAUUACAGUUGAAGAAAGUGUCCUGCGACAGACAGUAUGGAAAAAGAAAUCAUCGUUCAGAAUUUUGUUUAGAAACCAUCAGGAAUUAAUCAACACAUUUCAUCGAGGGGUAUGGAGAGUGCCAUCACACUAUGGCAGUUUCUACUGCAGCUGCUUCUGGACCAGAGUCACAAGCACCUCAUCUGCUGGACCUCCAACGACGGCGAGUUCAAACUGCUCAAAUCCGAGGAGGUGGCCAGGUUAUGGGGCCUUCGAAAGAACAAGACCAAUAUGAACUACGACAAGCUGAGCAGAGCUCUCCGCUAUUAUUAUGAUAAGAAUAUCAUCAGAAAGGUGAUCGGACAGAAAUUUGUUUACAAGUUUGUGUCAUUUCCGGACAUUCUCAAGUUGGAUCCCCAAGCUGUAGAAAUGGGUCAAGAUUUCAGUACGGUAGUGGUCACCAAAGACGAGGCCCAGGAGAUGGAGGCUCGGAUAAAGGAGGAGGUGGAGGACGACGACGACGAUGAGGAGUCCCCAGACCCUGCCAUAUCGGCGGCCCUUCAAGUCCAGGCGUGCUACCACGAGUACUUCCGUUCGGGCCUGUACCCGGGCUUGUCAUUCAGCUCCCUGCAGAGCCAGUCGCAGCUUCUGCAGGCCAUCCGACAGAGGCACGGAGAUCCCCGUGAGGAGGCUCAGAGCGUUAUACAGUUUGUCGCCCAGGCAGCCGAGAAGAGCGACGCCCUCUCCUCCUCCCGCCGUCCGUCCUCCUCCGAGUCAUCUCUCUCCUCCAGGCCCUCGAAGCAGUCACCCCGGUCCCCCUCGCCACUCUCCGUGGCACCCUCCCACCCCACUCAGGCCUGGAGGAGCCCCAAGGCGGAGGACUCCGAGCAGGACGUGCAGCCGCUCAACUUAUCCUCAGGAAGCAGAGAGAGCGCCCUGACCUCAGACAGGAGAAGCCACCAGGCGUCCGGCUCCGCGUCCAGGAGCAAAAAGCCCAAAAGCCUGGAGAUCGCCAACCCUUCCGUGGUGCUGACAGGAAGUGACCUCGGUUCUAUUGCCCUGAACAGUCCCGCUCUGCCGUCGGGCUCCCUCACACCAGCACUCUUCACAGCACAGACGCCGUCUGGGCUCCUGCUGAGCCCCAGCCCCCUGCUGUCAGGCCUCCAGCUCUGGAACAGCCUGAGUCCUGUGGGGCCCCUGAGCCCCAGCCAUUUGCAGGGCCACGGUCCCCUCUUCCAGUUCCCCACCUUACUGAAUGGAUAUGUCACAGUGCCCAUGUCCAGUUUGGAUGGCUCUUCCUCCCCCUUGCUGCUCUCCUCCACCAAUCAGAGGUCUUGAUUUUCAGCGUCAGACACGUUUCACGUCUAAACUAUUGUUACUUUACAAAGGAUCUCAUGCUUUAGUCUGAGGCCUACAAUUUCCCUGAAACCCUGCCCACAAGUCAGGACAAGCACACCUUGCCCUCAGUAUCCUGAGCUGCUGACUCAAGACUUGAAGCCUGGAGCAGAAAGUGUACAGCAGUACUGAAGUCUGAAAUAAAAUGGAGAAUUGGCCCUUGUUUAAUGCUCUUCUCUUAUUUCUCCAUCAUAAUUGAAAAAAAAAAAACACGAUCAAGACAAUGAACUGCUUUUACUUCCUUUGUACAUAUUUUGCGUUGUUUUGUUAUGCUGUGUUGUGUCUCAUGUAAUGUGUUCUGUCUGGCAAAUUGCACACACUGUGCCUUCUGAAGUGAAAAUGACAUCUGUGCCUUAUGUUUACCAACCUAAGUACUUAAAGACGAAAUUCCAAUUCAGUGGAAUUGCUUUCAUUUUUUAAAAAAAAACAAAAAAAAGUUACACCCUGUUUUUGUCUUUUUUAAUUUUUGUUAAAUAAAGUAUAUAACAUCA